CUUUUACAUCACCGGUUCAAAGAAAGUGGUCUGGAGGGGCGGCUAGAGAUGCUCUUAUAUUAGACAAACAUGUAGUACCUUCAUCAGCAGUAGGUCUUCGGAAGAGUUUUGACGUGGUCCUUAUUCUUUCUUAGGUUUGGCUACGGCACAUCUAAAUACAUCUAGAUAUGGUACGUCUAGAUGUGCUGUUCUUUUUGUAGCUGGGAGGGAUCCAGCUUGGAUCACCACCAACACCAGGUGCACUGUUUUUACAGAGACUAUUAAGAGAACUUAGCGAUUCCCAAAUUUUAAAAACCUGCUGUGGAAGACAAAAGUGUACAUCGGCGACUAGCUAGAAGCCUUUCUUCGACGCGGCUGGGCCAAUAAACUGAAUAAAGUAUACCACACCAGUCUCCACGGAACAACGACGGGAGGUAGCAGUACAGCAGACGACUUGCGUGGCACACUCGCGUUAUGUGUGCGCGAGACCGGACUGGUCAAAGGUUUGAGCAAGAGGGGCCUUCCAAGCCAGCCAGCCGCCGGAGAAACUCGCAAGGCCUCCGCCACUUAUAAACGCGGAGGAGGAGCAGCGGCAAGAAACAAACGGCCCGGUGCAGACAGCCACCAAACCAGAGGGGAAGAAAAAAGAGGCCCUCGUUCGCCUAACUCCAUUAGCCCAUAGCCAUGCCUCUCUUGAUAUGCCACCGGCUGCUGCUGCUUCUCCUCCUCUGGGUCGCCGCCUCCCAUGGCGAUUCAUCCGAUGAUGGGGCUUACGACCCCUCCAUGUGCCUGAAUCAAACUUACACAUGCGGGGACGUGAGGAUCAGCUACCCGUUCUAUCUCGUCGGGAAGACAAAAGAUCUCAGGGGCAACGACAACUCCUACUGCGGCUACCCUGGCCUGGGGAUCCUCUGCGACGACAACAAGCCCAUCCUGCAGCUCAACGGCACCGCCAACUACACGGUCAAGGGCAUCGACGGCGCGCUCGCAACCGUCUCUCUAGCCGACCCGAACGUCGACGACGACCUCAACCCCUGCCCGAGACCAAGAAUCGGCCGCAACGUCACUUUUCAAGAGGGAUCGCCGCUGUACUUUCCUGACAGCACGGUCGAUUACCUUAUCUUCUUCAUCGGCUGCAACUUCAACUUUACCUUCUACAAACCGAGUAGCAUCUACCCGAUCAGCUGCCAAAGCUUUGAAGAUGGUCCUGGUCCUGGGCUAUCGUUCGUGCUUCCGGAUGAUGCAGUGCCCGCCGGCAACUGGGUGCAAGCGUGCAACCAAGUCAUACAAUUGCCUGUGCACAAAUACGGCGAGAUCAACUUUACUGACCAUGGAUGGACAAACGGGAGUGGAUAUGCCAAUCUUCUUCGUCAGGAAUUCCAGCUGGGAUGGAACGAGAGCGGGAGGCCCACUGCAUGUACCCAGUGCGAGGGAGCCAAUUCCAAGGGACGGUGCGGUCACAGUCGGACCGGGGAUUUCAUAGGCUGCUUGUGCCCUGACGGCCUAGUACACUCCGAUAAUACUUGCAGUAAAUCCCGUCGUCAAUACUCGAAGAAAACAACGAGAAUAUAUAUAAUAGCAGUCAGCUCGAGCAUACCUAUGCUAUGUCUACUCUUCUUUGCGUUCUGGUUGGGCUACAAGAAGUACGGAUGCAAAAGAAAAUCAAAGGAAACAGCCAGGAUUGAGUCCUACCUACAAAAGAAUGGAACGGUCCAUCCGAAAAGAUACGCUUACGCACAAGUGAAAAGAAUGACGAGAUCUUUUGCUGAAAAGCUAGGUCAAGGUGGGUUUGGUGCUGUUUACAGAGGCGACCUCUCUGAUGGUCGUCAGAUAGCAGUCAAGAUGCUAAAGGACUUCAAGACUGAUGGCGAGGAUUUCAUCAAUGAGUUAGCUAGCAUUAGUAGAACUUCUCAUGUCAACGUUGUUACUCUCUUAGGAUUUUGCUUGGAAGGAACCAAAAGGGCACUAAUUUAUGACUAUAUGCCUAAUGGUUCACUUGAAAGGUAUGCUUUUAAAGAUGGCUCCGAAGGUGGAAAUACUUUAGGUUGGGAGAAAUUAUUUGAAAUAGCAGUGGGAAUUGCUCGAGGACUUGAAUAUCUGCACAGAGGAUGCAAUACUCGCAUUGUGCAUUUUGAUAUCAAACCCCACAACAUUCUAUUGGACCAAAACUUCUGUCCAAAGAUCUCCGAUUUCGGACUGGCCAAGCUGUGCCUCAAUAAAGAAAGUGUCAUCUCCAUUGGUGGUGCAAGAGGAACAAUAGGCUAUAUUGCCCCGGAGGUUUAUUCCAAGCAAUUUGGAGCAGUAAGUAGCAAGUCUGAUGUGUACAGCUAUGGAAUGAUGGUUCUUGAGAUGGUUGGGGCAAGGGACAAGAAUAUCAGUCCAAACACUGAAUCUAGCAGCCAAUAUUUCCCACAAUGGAUUUAUGAACACUUGGAUGAAUACUGUAUCAGUGCUUCUGAGAUUAAUGGAGAGAUCACCGAGGUUGUGAGGAAGAUGAUAGUGGUUGGGCUGUGGUGCAUUCAGUUAAGUUCUACAGAUCGUCCAACAAUGACUAGAGUCGUCGAGAUGCUUGAGGGGAGCACAACCGGCCUCGAACUGCCACCAAAAGUGCUCUUGAGUUGACAGGGUUUAUAUUGCUCUUGCACACUUGCUCCAGUGUUGCAUAAAUCUGUAAACGGUUUGAAUACUUCAUAUGUCCGCUGCGAUUGGGACAAACAGAGCGGCUUCCAUA